AUUUUUAUCUGCAAUGUUCUGAAUGAGCGGAUUCGAUUAUGCUGUGCCGCGGGGCACCAGGCAAAUGCCCUUCACGUCAUCGGGCGAAAGCAUCAAGGGUGGAAUGCCUUUCUCAAAUCGAACAGUAAUCGAAAGCAAUCACUUCUGCAUGGGAAAACACAGGAUCCGACUAAUUACUAUACGUUCUUAAUUACGUGUUUGAGCCGAUUUCGCCGUGGGCAUUGAACGGGGCACUUGGCUCACGCAUGAGAAGCAGCCCGGUUCCAAAUCGAAUGCAAUCAACUUUCAGCGGAUGCAAAACACGGGCGCCGGGACUAGAUUAAUCGAACACCCUCGGAGUUUCACUCAUUGAAUGCACCACUGUGCUAGAAAUUCCAUCAUGCUACAGGUGUACUGCUCAAGUCUAUGGAUAUGAUAUGGCUACAUCAUGUGUAGGCCUAGUCACCUAUAUUGUUGAGAAUAAAAGCAUAAAAUAAUUUAGCAGAUAAUAGCAGUAAUAGUUUUUCCUUAUGACGAACAUUACACACAUAAUGUGUUAAGGCUGUGCAUAUUAAUAUUCUACUAGCCUAGAUUCAACCAUUGAAAAAACAAUGGUUGAUUAAAAACGAUUAGGCCAGAGCCACUUGGAUUAAUCUAAUAGUUUAAUUAAGCUAUGGAGAAAAAUGUUAUUGUCCAAUUUUCCAGCACACGCACAUCCGUAAAAGAAAACAAACAUAGCUAUGUUUUUGUUCUUGUACACUGUUGCUUAUAAGCAAACGUUGCAGAUAUUGAAUGCAGCCCAUGUUACCAGUUGUUGUUAUCAGUGUAAUGGCACGCACCUGCUGCGCUCAAUGCCAAGUGGCGUCAGUAUAGAUAACUACGUCGCAGUUUUGAAUAAUUUUACAAAGAAGAGAUAAAAGACAAGAAUGAGAGGCUAGGUUUCUGAAAUUUGGACUUGAAGUAGGCUACAUCUGGGUGGUCUGGUUUUCAGAUAAGAAGCCCUGCAGUCUUUCUCUCGUACGCCGGGACAAUGCGUGCGUUCUCCCGCCGUCACACCCUUCCCUUUAAGCUUGCCAUUCUAGCGGGCUCCCUCUUCCUGGUCCUACUGCUCGUAAUGCAGUACGACGUGGGAGGUAGGACUUCCCCUGAACCCUGGCUCCGGGAGCUGUCGAACAAACAGUCACAGGUGAUGGGUGUGGUCAGAGGUGCUGUGUCAAACAUGGGCUUCCAGAUUGGUGCCCCCUUGCACCUUCCCUCAGAGCGUGGGACCAACUCAUUUGAUCCCCGCUGUCCACCUGGGUUCUACAGCAUAGAUGAGCUUCAACCUCACCUGGAGAGGCCCCUACAGGACCCAGAGGGCCCUGGAGCCUAUGGCCGACCGUUUGUGAUGGGCAGGAUGACCCCUGCAGAGAUUAGAGAGAAGCAGGAUGGGCUGACCAAAAAUUGUUUCAACCAAUUUGCCAGCGACCGUAUCUCCCUUCACCGCAGCCUGGGAAAUGACACACGCCACCCAGAUUGUGCAGGUCAAAGGUUCCGGCGCUGCCCUCCUCUCCCCACCACCAGUGUGAUCAUCGUGUUCCACAACGAGGCAUGGUCCACCCUCCUGCGGACCGUUUAUAGUGUCCUGCACACUGCUCCUGCCUCCCUGCUUACAGAGAUAUUACUGGUGGAUGAUGCUAGCACAGACGAUCACCUGAAGUCUCGUCUGGAUGAGUAUGUCCUGCAGCUGAAGAUUGUGCGUGUGCUACGACAGCGGGAGAGGAAGGGGUUAAUCACUGCCAGGCUACUGGGGGCACAGACGGCUCAAGGAGAGAUCCUCACCUUCCUGGAUGCCCACUGCGAGUGCUUCAAUGGCUGGCUGGAACCCCUCCUGGCUCGGAUAGUGGAGAAGCCCACUGCCGUGGUCAGCCCUGAUAUAGUCAUCAUCGACCAAAACAACAUGAAGUUUGCCAAACCCCUUGCCACAGCUCGUGCCCGUAACCGUGGAAACUUUGACUGGAGCCUUGUCUUUGGGUGGGAGCAGAUCCCUGAGGAAGACCAAAAGCGACGCAAGAAUGAAACGUAUCCUGUCAGGACUCCUACCUUUGCAGGUGGUCUGUUCUCUAUUUCUAAGACUUACUUUGAGCACAUUGGGACCUAUGACGACAAGAUGUUGAUCUGGGGAGGUGAGAAUGUGGAGAUGUCCUUCAGGGUGUGGCAAUGUGGAGGCCAGCUGGAGAUCAUACCCUGCUCAGUGGUGGGACAUAUAUUCCGCAGUAAGAGCCCUCACACCUUCCCCAAAGGCAGGUCGGUGAUUGCCCGCAACCAGGUGCGCCUAGCCGAGGUCUGGAUGGGGGACUACAAGCAGAUCUUCUACCGCAGGAACAAGAAGGCUGCCACCAUAGCCAAAGAGAACACAUAUGGUGACAUCUCUGAACGCCUCAAACUCAAAGAGAGGCUAAGCUGCAAAAACUUUACAUGGUACUUGCACAACGUUUACCCAGAGGCCUAUGUUCCAGACCUCACCCCUGUCAUGUUUGGAGCGCUCAGGAACUCUGGCUCAAAGACAUGCCUGGAUGUGGGAGAAAAGAAUAAGGGUGGGAAACCGGUUAUCUUAUACACAUGCCACAACAUGGGAGGAAACCAGUAUUUUGAGUACACAUCCCACCAGGAGCUUCGUCACAACAUAGGUAAGCAGCUGUGUCUACAUGCGACCCCCGGGUUGGUGCUGGUGUCCAUAAAGCUCUGCCGCCUGAAGGGCAAAGGAACCACAGUGGCCCCCGAGCAAGUGUGGCAUUUCACACCGGGUUCUCUCCUCAAGAAUCCCUCCUCGGGCCAAUGCUUGACUGUAGACAGAGGUGAAGUGGUGAUGAGUAGCUGUGACUUGGCCAAUCUCAGCCAACACUGGGCCCUCAGCUGACCAAUGGGAUCCAGGGAGGAAGGCGGAUCACUUACAUCAUCCACAUUUGGGAGCCCUGCUCUUUUUGAUGACAACACAUGUAUUUCUGAAAUAUGGAACCCUGUGCAGUUUGACUCGGUGUUUUGUUAUUUCUUUAUUUACUAAAGGAGUUGAAAAGUUUGAGGCUUUUUAAUGUUCUAGAGGAUCCCGAUUUAGAUGAGUUUGUAGAAGUUUCUGUUUUGAUGUUUUUACACUUUAAAAUUUGUUUGCAAUUCUUUAAUCACUAGGCCAAAGGGCAUAGAUGGUACCAGUCAAGUUUGAACACCUACUCAUUCAAGGGGUUUCUUUUUUUAAAGCUAUUUUCUGCACUGUAGAAUAAUAGGGAAGACAAAACUAUGAA